AUGUCAGUUUCGUCGCAACCACGAUACAACGAGAUUGGGGUGCAACAACUCAGUAAACAUGUAUACGACCAGGUGUUCAAAGAGCCAGGCGAGGCCCCGCCUCAAGAACUGGUCGAGCUUGCGAAGGACCAUCUGCGCCGGCACGAUUUGCUGGGAAAGAACACCGAUAAUGCCGAGCCGAUCGCAUUCGACCUACCCCAGCUCAAGGGUCGCACUCUCGACGAGCAUUUCCACAAGCUGGGGCUUGACGCCUCCGAGCCGUUUCUAACUCACGCGAAACAAUUUGCACGAGCCAGCACCCCACCCAAGCCUCGGAAAUGGCUGCGGCGCAGUGGCUGGACCAAGUACUACCCAGACGGCAAGACUGAGGCAGUCGAUGCGCCGGACGCUACGAUGGUGUGCUUUGAUACUGAGGUCAUGUGGAAGGAGCACCCUUUCGCGGUCAUGGCCUGCGCUGCCAGUCCGACAGCAUGGUACGCCUGGCUCUCGCCUUGGUUGCUGGGAGAAACGGAGGAACAACGGCACCUCAUCCCCCUCGGUGACCCGACCAGCGAGCGCAUCAUAGUCGGCCACAAUAUCGGAUACGAUCGAGCGCGAAUUCUGGAAGAAUACGAUCUCAACCAGACCCGCAACUGCUAUCUGGACACCAUGUCGCUACAUGUGGCCGUUAACGGCAUGUGCUCCCAACAACGUCCCACCUGGAUGAAGCACAAGAAAAACAGGGAGCUCCGCGACAAGAUCGCCCAAGAGACUGCCAGCACCGAACUGGCUGGGCUUCUCAAUAAUCAUGCAUUCCGUGCCGAAGAGGAGGAGCUCUGGGUGGAACGAAGCUCUGUCAACUCCUUGAGGGACGUUGCCAAAUUCCACCUCAAUAUCACCAUCGACAAGGCUGUGCGAGAUGAUUUCGGGGAACUCGACCGGGAUGGCGUGUUAGGGAAGUUGGACGAGUUGUUGGACUAUUGCGCCGCCGACGUCGCAGUGACGCACCGCGUCUAUCAGAUCGUUUUUCCAAACUUUUUGGAAACUUGUCCUCAUCCCGUGAGCUUUGCUGCGUUGCGCCAUCUAUCAACACAAAUAUUGCCUGUCGAUAAAUCCUGGGACUCAUACAUAGCGAACGCGGAGGCAACAUAUCAUGAACUCUCUGAUGCGGUUCAGCAGCGACUUAUUGCCCUGACAGAAAAGGCCCUCGAGAUCAAGGAUGACCCGGAAAAGUGGCAGCAAGAUCCUUGGCUGAGCCAGCUCGACUGGUCAGGCCAAGAGAUCAAGAUGGUGAAGGGCAAGAAGAAGAACGACCCUCCCCGUCCUGCUGCACGACAGAAGAAGCCCGGUAUGCCGAAAUGGUACAAGGACUUGUUCCCGAAGAACGACGCCCCUAUCAACCUCACAGUGCGCACCCGGGUAGCGCCCCUGCUUCUUCGACUGGCGUGGGAGGGCAACCCGCUCUUCUGGUCAGACAAGUAUGGUUGGACAUUCCGUGUAGCUCGAUCGGACGCAACCAGAUAUACAGACCAGCAAAUGAUACCCUGCGAUUUUGGCGAUACGACCGAACCUCUGGGACAGGAUCACCGCCAUGUCUACUACAAGUUGCCCCAUAAGGAUGGGCCAACUGCUCGUUGCGUCAAUCCCAUGGCCAAGGGCUAUCUUCCAUAUUUUGAGAAGGGAACCCUCUCGUCCGAAUACUCGUACGCUAAAGAAGCGCUUGAGAUGAAUGCCUCUUGUUCCUAUUGGAUCAGCGCACGGGACAGGAUCAGGUCUCAAUUGGUCGUUUAUAACGAGGAGCUUCCUAGCCACCAGAAACGUGGCCGAAGGAAGGCUGAUGCAGACCAGGGCUUUAUUCUCCCACAGGUCAUCCCUAUGGGUACGAUUACCAGGAGAGCAGUCGAGAACACGUGGUUGACGGCCAGCAACGCAAAGAAGAAUCGUGUUGGGUCGGAGUUGAAAUCAAUGGUGAAAGCCCCGCCAGGCUAUCGCUUUGUCGGUGCAGAUGUCGACUCUGAGGAGUUGUGGAUCGCGAGUGUCGUCGGCGAUGCAACCUUUAAGCUCCAUGGCGGGAAUGCGAUUGGCUUCAUGACCUUGGAGGGCACGAAAGCUGCCGGCACAGACCUCCACUCCCGAACAGCCUCCAUCCUCGGCAUCACUCGCAAUGACGCCAAAGUGUUCAAUUAUGGCCGGAUAUAUGGAGCUGGCUUGAAGUUUGCGGCUCAGCUACUACGCCAGUUCAACCCCAGCAUGUCUGAGAAAGAAACCCUGGCCGUGGCAACAAAGCUAUAUGCCGCCACCAAGGGCACAAAGACCAACAGGAAACUGCUCUAUAAGCGCCCAUUUUGGCGUGGAGGGACAGAGUCGUUCGUCUUCAACCGCCUGGAGGAUUUCGCCGAGCAGGAACGCCCACGCACUCCUGUCCUCGGCGCUGGCAUUACCGAGGCGUUGAUGGGUCGCUUCAUUAGCAAGGGAGGCUAUUUGACGUCUCGUAUCAAUUGGGCUAUUCAAUCGUCCGGCGUGGACUACCUGCACCUCCUUAUCGUCUCGAUGGAUUACCUCAUCCGCCGAUACAACAUUAAUGCGCGUCUGGCCAUCACUGUACAUGACGAGAUCCGAUACUUGGUCAAGGAGGAGGACAAGUACAGAGCCGCCAUGGCCCUGCAGGUUGCCAACCUGUGGACGAGAGCCAUGUUUGCCGAACAGGUCGGCAUCAAGGACUUGCCGCAGUCGGUCGCAUACUUUAGCGCUGUCGACAUCGACCACGUGCUGCGGAAGGAAGUGGAUAUGGACUGCAUCACUCCGAGCCACAAGGAAGCCAUACCCCACGGCGAAAGCCUCGAUAUACAGACCCUUCUAUCGCGAGGCGACGAGGCACGACUCGACGACUCCAUCGUGCCGAAUCCGGCGCACGCGCCCAAUCCCGAGGCCGUGGCUUACACGCCGCGGAAGCCGGUCAUGGAGUCGCUGCGAGACGAGAGCGGCGGCCAGGACCUCUCCUUCAUCAAGGCCCAGAUCACGGCCGACGAGAAGGAGCUGCGGGCUCUGCUGGCCGAGAAGAAGAAGGCGACCUCGCCGCCGCCGGCCAAGAAGGCCAGCGCCGCCGGCAGGAACAGUGCGAUCAUGUACCAGGCGCAGCCGCAUCUCAUCCCCACCAUGAACGAGCCGAUCUCGGUGUCGGACGCAAUGGGCACGGUGAGGUACGGGUCGCGGUCCGGCAGUCACGCGGCGCAUGGCCGGCCGCCGGCGUGGACGCACUGGCCCAAGCCCGCUGCUGGCAAGGGCGGCGGGAGGGGUGCAGCGUCGUGGAGGCUGUAG